AUACAUUUUAUAUUUUAAAUGAGAAGGUAUAUAUAUACGCUGUAGCUGCGGUUAUUUUGAAUAACAAUCUUCAUUGCAGUGGAUAUAUAAAUUAUACAAAAUGAAAAGUCUUAUACUUUGUGCAUUUGUUUUUAUACUUGCUUUUCAGUCAUCUAGCUCAACAGAACAAAUGUUAAAAGAUAUAAUGAGAAGCGAUAAUAUUAAAAUUUGCGCUAUUGAAACUAACGCAACUGCUAGUGACAUGUAUACAAAAGAAGAGGUAUUGGCUAACGUACCUGCUGAAUCCGCAAAUGCAGAAAGAACACAAAAACUUGGUUGCUUUUUUUUCUGUAUCUUAAAAAAGGAAAAUGUCAUGGAAGGAACAAACAUUAACCAAGCACAGAUGGAGACAAAAUUAUCUAUUAUACUUGGAGGUAAACAAGAUAUAGCACGCGAAAUUGCGCAUAAAUGCAUAAAUGAAGUGGAAAAUAUUACGGAAGGAUGUGAGAAAUGUUUCUCUCUCUACUCAUGCGGAUUGAAAGAUCUAGUUAAUGCUAUGGAAAGACAUGAAGAACAUGAAAAAGAAGAAACAGGAGAAGUAGAAACAGAACAAUCUUUGAAUAAACCAAAAGAAAUGAUAGAAGAAGCAGAAGCAGAACAAACUGUAUAAAUACUAUCAUGAAUACAAAAAUUGAAUAUUAUCUAUGUAACUAUUAACAUAAGUUUAUAAUAUACAUUUAAUGUAAUUUACAUUAAAUAAAAAUCACAUGUAUUCUUUUAAA